ACCAUUUAUUGGUCAUCAAAACAUCACACAACUAAUCACAACUUUUCUUCCCCUGUUUUUUCUCUUCAAACUGAAGCAGUCGCACUCUGUUUCCAUUCCCAAUUUUCCAUUUCUCUCGGCGAAAAUGGAAUCCGGGUCGUCGAGGAAGCGAGAGCAUAGUUUCCCACCAAGGAGAGGGCAGAUCAAGAUGAGGAUCAUCAAGACCCUCAUCAAUUCAGCAGCUGCUGCUAUCGGUACUUCAAGCGGCGGCAAGCUGAAGCGAAGUAGGAGGAAUGACAGCAGCAGCAGCAGCAGAUGCUCGUCGGAGCCGGCCACUCCGCCUGCAACUCCAACUGGGUACUUGUCGGAUGCCUGAUUAAUUAAUGAUUCCUUAUCUGAUGGACUGCCGUCGGUUGAUCAUCUGGGCAAUUCUUGUACAGUUAUUAGUUAUAUAGUCUGAGGCUGUUCUGAUGUAUGUAUAUUAAACGCGAAGAGGAAAUUUUGUUGUGAGAUAGGUUUCCAUAAUUAGUUCGUUUUUUAAUGCUAAAUAUGUGUCGGGUAAGGUAUGAGAUCCAUCCCUGUAUUUGCAAUGGAAGAUUAGACAUCCAAAUUAAAACCAUGAUGUAUGAAAGUAGAUUCAUUUUGUUUCUAACGGGUUCAAAUGGUUAAUUAGAUUUCUUUGUUCAAAUCAAGUAAUCUAGUACGAUAACUAAGUACAUAUACCUAACCAGUUAAUGCUAAAUUACAGUAGUCAUUGUACUCUUAUGUUGAUAGACUGAUAACAAUGUUCGUAAAUCUUGAUGAGUCGUAAACCGAUCCUAGAGCCGGUACAUCGUACCACAUUACAUACAAGGCGUGAAAUCACAUAUAACGGAAACAAGUAUGUGUAUAAGUGAAAUAUACAUUGCCUGGACAAUAAACAAGGCCAGAACAU